CAAUAAAGAGAGAGAAGAGGCGAUAAAAUUCAAGAUUAUGGCAAGACUUUGAAUGAAGUGUUGUCGACGCCAAGAACAAAACGAACAUCUGCUUCUGCUUGCGAUUCAGACACGACUUACAACUAUGGAUGGGUGAUUCUUCUUCUCAGAUCAACCGAUUGAGACGUGCGUCACAAACAAACCUAAAAAAUGAGCUACAACGUUUGUUUCCUUGUGUUCUUGAGUUGUCUACUUCUACUUGGUGUUACUUUUGCUACCAACAUGGAACAAACCACUAUAGUAAUAGACGUUACACGUCAAAUCGGCGAGAUCGAUGAGAACUUUGUCUGCGCAACACUUGAUUGGUGGCCACCUGAAAAAUGCAAUUACGAUCAGUGUCCUUGGGGCUACGCCUCUCUCAUCAACUUGAACUUGUCUUCUCCUCUUCUUGCUAAAGCUAUUGAAGCUUUUAAGACGCUGAGGAUAAGAAUAGGUGGGUCCUUGCAAGACCAAGUGAUCUACGACGUAGGAGACUUGAAGACUCCUUGCACUCAGUUCAAAAAGAGUGACGAUGGCUUGUUCGGAUUUUCUGAAGGAUGUUUGUAUAUGGAACGUUGGGACGAACUUAACCGUUUCUUCCACGCAACCGGGGCUAUUGUGACUUUCGGUUUGAAUGCAUUAUACGGGAGAGAGAAACUCAGAGGAAAUGCAUGGGGAGGGGAGUGGGAUCACACCAACACUCAAGGUUACGCUAUAGACUCAUGGGAGUUUGGUAAUGAGCUUAGUGGAAGUGGGAUUGGUGCAAGUGUGAGUGUAGAGCUUUACGGUAACGACUUGAUAGUACUUAAAGAUGUAAUCAAGAACGUUUACAAGAGUUCUCGGACCAAGCCAUUGCUUCUAGCUCCUGGAGGGUUCUAUGAAGAAAAAUGGUACUCGGAGCUUUUUCGCCUCUCUGGACCUGGUGUUCUUGAUGUCAUGACUCAUCAUAUAUACAACCUUGGUCCAGGGAAUGAUCCAAAGCUUGUGAGUAGGAUACUAGAUCCCAAGUACUUGAGCGGAUCAGUUACGGGACUAUUCAAGAACGUUGAGAGAACGGUUCAAGAAAAUGGACCUUGGGCUUCUGCUUGGGUUGGAGAAGCUGGAGGAGCUUUCAAUAGCGGUGGCCGGGAGGUUUCUGAGACAUUCAUUAACAGCUUCUGGUAUCUAGAUCAGUUUGGUAUGUCGUCUAUGCACAACACCAAAGUAUACUGCAGACAAGCUUUGGUUGGAGGUUUCUACGGUCUGCUUGAAAAGGAAACGUUUGUUCCCAAUCCAGAUUACUACAGUGCUCUUCUUUGGCACCGUUUGAUGGGUAAAGGCGUUCUUGGCAUUCAGACAAAUGCCUCGGAGUAUCUACGGACUUACGUUCAUUGUUCGAAAGGAAGAGCGGGGAUAACGAUUCUUCUGAUUAAUCUGAGUAAGCAAACGACGUUUACAGUAGGAGUCAGCAAUGGCGUGAAGGUGGUUUUGCAAGCAGAAUCUACGAAGAGGAGAUCUUUCUUGGAAACAAUCAAGAGCAAGGUUUCUUGGGUGGGAAAGAAAGCUUCGGAUGGAUAUUUGAACAGAGAAGAGUAUCACUUGAGUCCAAAAGACGGUGACUUGAGGAGCAAGAUAAUGAUGUUGAACGGUAACCCUUUGGAACCAACGGUCACUGGAGAUAUCCCAAAGCUUGAGCCGGUCCGAUACAGCGUGAAGUCUCCUCUUUAUAUCAAUCCAUUGACGAUCUCGUUCAUUGUGUUGCCUACCUUUGAUGCUCCUGCUUGUUCAUGAAGACCAUGAUGACCUUUUGGUGACUUGUAAAAUUGAAAAUCUGAAUAACAACAAAAAGUGAAUAUACCUUCGCAACUGUAUGCAUACACAUGCUAUUGUACAAUACAUUGAUAACUGGGUUCAUUCCAAUCCACUUUCUUAUCAUUUGAUUAAGGAGAAAUAUAGAUUAGUGGAAUGUGACUAAACUAUACAAUAUAAAAUAAGAAAAACACUUGUAGUCUAUGUUCUCUUUCAUUUGCAAAGAUCAAGACCAUACAAAAACAUCAAAUAGUGAAGAAAGCUAAAGUGGCACCAUCUCUCUAAGGAGGUAGGUCUGAGACAUUUUUCUCUACAACCUCCUAGAAUUCUUCUACCUCGUCAUCACACAGCAAAA